CCCAGUAGGGGAUGUUGAGUUAAUAUAAUCACAUAUGGAUUACAAAAGUUGCAAUAAACAUGGAGAAACCUUCAGCUAAACUGAAAAAAAAAAAUGGAUUUUACUCAGCCAUCAAGCAUUUUUUUUAAAUUUGGCUCAGUUUUAUAUAAUUUCAUAAUAUUUAAUAAACUGAAAACAUUUCAAUGACAAGCUGUCACUUCAUAUUUUUCAGUGUUUUGUUUUGAAUACUUUAAUGCUAUUCGCUGCCAAAAAUUUGACGGGUAGAUCUUGAGGCUGAUUGGACGGACUGUUUAGUACUCGUACCCUAUAGGUGCAGAAUAAUGGUUUGUUAAAUUCUGAAAUCCACCCUAAGAAUAUCAUUCUUUUAGGCACGAGAUGGACACAGGAGUUGGUAUGGAUGCUCAUGCAUGACCUGGACUUUGAAGGAGCUAAGGAGGACCUAAGUGAACGAGUUAUCUUAGUAGAGUCAGAUAGACUAGAAGAUAGCCAUAAGUAUCAGUUAGAACGGUUUCGUGACACAUUGGGACUGUUACUCAAAAAGUACAAGGAAGGACCGAUUGCUGUGAAAACUCAUUUGCCUUGGGUGAUGUUGCCUAAACAAAUACAAGAGUUUAAGAAAAGGCCAAAAAUCAUAUAUCUCGUAAGAAAUCCCAAGUCUUUGGUUUGUUCGUUAGUGCAUUGGAAAAAUCUGAUGCAUGGAAAAGUUGAACCAGUGGAAGGUGUAGCGGAUAGAUUCAUGGACGGCACAGAAGUAUACCAUCCUUACUGGCAGCACGUGCUCCAGUUUUGGCAACAUCGCCAUGAGCCCAACAUCAUGAUUUUGAGAUAUGAAGAGAUGGUGAAGGAUCCGCCUGCUAUGAUAAAACGAGUAGCAGAGUUUUUGGGAAAGAAACUCACUGCAGAGCAACUUACGAAGCUAGCAGACCACGUGAGUGUUGACUCUAUGAAGAAAAACCGAGCUGUCAAUAAUGAACCCAUGAUUGAAAGGAGACGUGCUGCUUUCGGAUUGGGAAAGACAAAUGAAAAUCACAUUAGGAAAGGAAAAGCUGACAGUUAUAAAGAGGAAAUGCUACCAGAGUUGAUUGUAAAGAUGGACAAGUGGAUUGAAGAGAAUACGAAAGAUACCGAAUUUAAUGUUUUGUAGUUUUCGUGUGAUAAAUGUAAAGCUGUUAAACAACUAUUAAAUGACCACAAAUGUUAUUCCCGCCUCUUCGUCAAAAGAACACCCAUAAAAACUAUUUUCGAUUUUCUUGCAGGAGUCGACUGACCGAUGUCUCUAAUAGAUGGUACUGCAAACUUUUAGGCUUGUCGUACACCACUCAUCAUUUACAGUGACUAAUUUCCCAAUGAGGUGUUCAAACAUAGAACGAAGACUCAAUGGAUGUACUCUAAUAGUUGUCGAAAUUCCGAUUCGUUUCGUAAAUAUAAUGCGCUGAAGAACACCACUGGAAUACGGUUUUUCUUCGUUUUUUUCAACAAUUCUGAAAACUUCAACAAAAUUUUGACGCCUCGCAUGAUGAAGUCCGAGGAAAAUAACACAUUUGGUUCGCCAGGGACGUGCAGGUAUUAUCCAAAUGCAAUAUUACUAAUUUUGUGACACCCUGUAUAGAAAUGUCUCAAAGCAUUUGUGGAAAACAUAAUCCUAUUUCCGAGAACAUAUAUGUUUUUACUUGACGUCGAUAAGGUGAAUCGUUUUUGAGAAAAACAGUUUUGUUUCAAUACUGCUUCCGUUAAUU